GCACAACUCCCAUUUGAAUGCAAAUAAGCUAAUCAAUUCAUUUGUCUUAUUCAAGGAUUAGAAUUUUAUGAGAUGUCUUUUAAGAAAUGGCCUUGGUCUGAGGAUUUUCAGAAUAUCCCAGGACUUGGUACUGUACUCGACAAUGAGCAUUUGACGCCAAAUCGAAAGCACAUCAAUGCUUCAGAUAGGAUAAGUGGAGACGAAAACUCGAGUAAACGAUUCAAAAGAGGAAGUUCAGACUCCAAAGAACAGCUAGCUGCGAAUAAACCGGAUGACUCUGGCACAUCCAAGGAAAGCAAGCUUAUGCUUAAUGCUUUAUUAGAGCAACAGAAGCGACUUUGGGAUUGCUUUGAGCAAUGGAGGAAUCAAACUUCCAGAGGAAACGAUACAACUAUAAAUAACACUGCUAUUAAUGCUUUAUUGGGAAAUAACAUGACUUCCAUGGGCGUACCUUCAUUAACAGCAAAAGAGAUGUCGAAAUUCCAGUUAGAUCCAAAAAACACUCCAGUCGAUCAACUCGACUCUUCAUUUAGUAAUGCGCCUGCUAAAAUCACAGGAAAUCACGCUUAUCAGAAAAAUGGACUUUACAGGCAAUUGAAAGAUAAUUUUCAUUCGCUGGAAAAAGAAAGGUUAAGUCUUAAUGAAGUGUCAGAGGAACGAAUACGGAAGUUUCAAAGGGAGUUACAAACCCUUAGGCUUCAGCAUCAAGACCUAAUUUCCGAGAAAGAGAACGAGGAAACCCAUCUCAAAGAACUAGAGUUAACUUUGGCAAAGAAAAAAAGAAACGCGGCUAUCCUAGAAAAGGAAAAACUGGGUUUAGUGUCUCAACAUGAGGAAACAUGCCUUCAUCUAAGAGACAUAUGUUCGCUCUGUUUAGGUGAUGAUAUCGGUACAAGGCUUUUGCUUAAACUUCAAAACCAAUUGAAAAGGGAAAGGCUCAAUCUUUUGAAACAAAACCUGAAAUAUAAUGACUAUGACAGUAAAAUCUACAUGUCCUACAUAAAAAUCAAAGAACGCUUAACGAACUUAAAUUUAACUGACAAACAUGCGUCGAUUUCGACUCAAAGCAAUGAUGAAAAUUCUAAUGAAAAUCUUCUCCCAGCGAAGUUACGACCUAAUGAAAUCAAUCUAGUUUUAUAUCAAUUGAAGUCUCAAGGAGAUUCAAUAUGUGCAAAGCACCAUCAAAUUAACCAGUUGUUGGAUUCAACAGAUGUUAUGCUUGAUGAAAUCACGGAAAAAUCAUCUUCGAGUGCGCAUAAACUAAGCAGUAUUUGCAACAGUUUAAUUGAUCAUUGUCAUCAAUUAGCGAAACUUGGACGCGAAAGAACUGAAAACGAAGAGCGCAUCGCAAACAAAAAUAAAAUAUUAGCGGAAAAAAGGAGAAGAUUUUAUAAAUUACAGAACGACAUUGGGGAAAAUUCUCUAAGUCCUGCAAGUUCUUAUAGUUCCGGUUCUGAUACACCCACUAGUUUUCGAAGCACUAGCAAAGUUGAGCCAUAUAUACUGCGUUAUUUAACUACUGUUUCAUCAUUCAGAGAAGAUGAAAGAACUUGGCAAAUAGUUGAAACCCGUUAUCGAAAGCUUACAAACAGGAGAAUUGAACCGCUGGACUCAAGAGGGCCUUUGUCUGGCUUACCAGCUUCUACGGUCAGUUGUAAGGAAAGCACGCCACGCUCUAUAUCACUUCUAUAUAUACAUAUUACGAUUAGGGAAACGAACAAGGUUAUCUGGAUUUCUGAAGUUCAUUGUGAUGGUGUUGUCCGCGGCGUUGGACAUCACAUUAAAAAGGGUUCGGCUAUGCAAAUAGCAGCAACUCAGGCAGCUCAAUGUUACCGGGAUAUGGACGAAGCAUCCAUUAUGUCAAAGGGUUUCAAUGAUUCCGAAGUUUUAAAAGAAAUAUUUUUAGGUCGUCCAGGUUUAAGUUCGGUGAACAAUAAUUCGCACGGUCAUGGCAUGAAAAUGAACAACCCAAACGCAGAGUCAAGAAAUCAUCACUUUCAAAGGGGAACAGACAAUAGACGUUCAUAUUUCAAACCCAAUCGAAGUCGCCAUGCAACUUACUUAUAAAACCAAAUAAAGCUUGCAGAAGGUUAUCUUUAUAUAUGAUAGAGGAA